AUGGAAAAUAUGGAUACAGAAGAUAACAAUCAGGAGAUGGGCCCCGUAGAUAAUGCGUGGGCUAUGAAAAUACCGAAAUUUACACCUGAAGAUAACCCACAUGGUCUUUUAGAGGAAAGUAAAUUUGCUACUUUAUUUCCAAAGUACAGAGAGCAGUACUUAAAAGAAUGUUGGCCUCUUGUGCAAAAGGUAUUAAAAGAACAUCAUAUUGUUGCUGAGCUAGACCUCAUCGAAGGCAGUAUAACUGUGAAAACAACAAGGAAAACAUGGGAUCCAUACAUCAUCAUCAAAGCAAGAGAUUUGAUGAAACUGCUGUCUCGAAGCGUUCCGUUUGAACAAGCUGUGCGAGUCUUAGAAGAUGAAAUAGGAUGUGAUAUCAUAAAAAUCAAUUCAUUUGUUCGUAAAAAGGAAACAUUUUUGAAAAGGAGGCAGCGUUUGAUUGGGCCGAAUGGAGUAACCUUGAAAUCUAUAGAACUUUUAACAGAGUGUUAUGUGCUAGUGCAAGGAAAUACAGUUUCAGCUGUAGGGCCAUAUAAAGGUCUAGUGCAAGUCAGGAGAAUUGUUGAGGACACAAUGAAAAACAUUCAUCCAAUGUACAAUAUUAAAAGUUUAAUGAUCAAAAGAGAACUAAUGAAGGAUCCUCGAUUAAAGAAUGAGAGUUGGGAUAGGUUUUUACCAACAUUUAAAAGUAAAAAUGUGCCAAGAAAACAGCCUAAAAAGAAAGUUGAAAAGAAACCAUACACUCCAUUCCCGCCACCACAACAGGAAAGUAAAAUUGAUCGUGAACUUGCUACUGGAGAAUACUUCCUUAAAGAUGAACAGAAGAAGGCCAAGAAUAGACAUCAAAAAGAAGAAAAGCAAGCGCAAGCUAAGAGAGCUAAACAAGAACAACGACAGAAAGAUUUCAUCCCUCCUGAAGAGAAAACAAAUACGAAUAGUGAUACUCCUGAAACUACUAUUGAUAUUAAUCAGUUUAAAUCCAAAAUGAAAAAACUGUCUAAACAACACAAAAAGGAGCUAAAGUAA